CCCACUACUACUAGUACUAGUACUACUACUACAAUGUCACUAUCCGUUACUUUGUCUGCUCCUUCUCUCUCCUCUCCACCACCACAACGACGACUACAAGAUUCCCACGACAACUCGCCUCAAGACUCGUCGUCUUCGUCUUCUGCGCUGGCCUUUCCCACAACCGCACAAGCAUUUGCUCAGGCUCAACUCGCUCACCUCCAGGCUCAACUCCAGGCUCAGAUACACCACCAGAUUCAGCAACACAUUGCCCAAGGCAUGCCGCCCAUGCCUCCUCACUUGGUUCAGUACCACAUUCAGCAACAACUCCAGCAGCAGCUCGCUCACUUUCAACAAGGACAACAAGGGCAAGGACAAGAGCAGCAACAGCAACAACACGCCAGGCCCACUCCCACACCGUUCAUGGAACCUUGGACUCCGCUACCCGGUCCCACAAGCACCUUUCACCAGUAUCGCCCUCCCGUCGACCCGAGUGCAUCCAUGACUGUAACGACAACAACAACAACAACAACAACAACAAAAAGUCCAUCGUCAAUCACCUCAAACGACUCUCACGCGGCCGCUCCUCUGCCCUUUGCCAGCGUCCAGUCCUUUCGCAACUUUUUCACUCCCUACGCCUCUACGGUCCUCCCCAUGCACGGUCGCCCCCCAACCACGCUUCAUCGCCCAGUCGUCCAGCUCACGUAUACCCAAAUGCCCCUCACAAAAGCCAAACGACGCCGUCCGACCCCCGGCCAAGUCAAAGUCUUGAAUAUGGUCUUUGACAAGACAUUCUUUCCCAGCACAGAACUCCGACAAGCCCUUGCCCACGAACUCGAAAUGUGUCCGCGUGCCAUCCAAGUUUGGUUCCAAAACAAGCGGCAGGGCUGGCGGACCAAGCAUGGACAUGCCGCCAUGAAGCGUGAACCCGUCCCCCUUGAGCAAGUCCAAACGUGGUGUAAAAAGUAUUAUACAAAACGAAAAAAUCAAGACGACGAGGUCACACCCGAUGAUGAAUUCACGUCUCGCCCUGUGGAUACCUAUCGAUCUGGACCGUCGUCUACUACAAUACCCUCUCGGUCGCCGUUGCCUGCGCCGCGUACACCUCCAACGCCUUUGGAUGCACAGGGCGCUGCGGCUGCUGCCUUGGCCUUUGCGACAGGUCAGAGGGCUCAAUCCACAAUUGUCUGACAUCCACAACUGUCCAACACUGUACAGUUUGAGAUGGUGGUAAUGACGAUAAAGCGUUGUGCCGAAGAAUGUAUAGCGAGGAAAAAGUGCGUAGCUGAGAAUGGUUAAAGCAAAUUGGGAUGUAGUUGCAAAAUCCAUGCAAAGCAUGGUGAAAUAUAUAUAUUUUUUU